GUACGUACCGCAACACAUUGUCUAUAUCCGCCAUGGGCCUUACCUUAGAUAAUAAUUUAUAUUUUGAACCGUAUCAAUAAUAAUAUUGUCAAGUGAAAAACAUGUAUCAAAAACCACAUUGGCUUACACGUUCGGUGUAGAAUUGUCCGUUACGGUUGUUCGUAGUGCAAUUGUCGGUUUUGUCGCCAGAAACUAAUUCAGAUGACAGACGUUACGAUGUUCACAGAUGACGACACUUUGCUACACGAAAUUGAUAACUUCCUUGCUGAAUACGCAUCCGAUGGUGCCGAGAAGUCUCCUUUACAUAUUUCACCUAAAACUCACAUAGAAAACAACAAUGUCCAAUCCACAGAAGAAAGUCCUCAAAGUGAAAUACAGUUUAUUGGUAAGAAGGAAGCGACAUUUGAAAUUUUGGAAGAUGAUGAAUACGGUUUGUACGAACAUGAUCCGUACCAAUGCAACUGGAAUGUGUUCUACAAACCUUUGUGUCCAGAAAUGCACGCCGCUAAUGUAAAAUUAGAACAACAAUGCACAAAAAUGAAGCAGGAAGAAAUUGAAGAAAAUCUCAUUCAUACAUUUUCAUUUAAGCCAACCAGUGAAGAACCAUUCAUUAAUAAUGUUCAAUGCUCCAAACCUGAUCAAUGUCAACAACUUCGCCAAAGUCCGCAGUUUAAAGUAAUAGAACCCAUUGACUUGCCUCCUCCACCAUACGUUUGUUUACCUGAAGCAGAUUUUAAUGUCAAUUACAUUAAAACAAAUAACAUGGCACCUCUAGGGUGCAAUCAGCUUACAGAAAGAAAACCUCCACCGCCCCCUUUUGUUUUGCUCAGCGAUCACACAGAAUCUUUUAAUGUAAACCUAAACAUUGAUUUACCGCCUCCGCAGACUGUGUUCAAUACAAAUUCAUUUGAAAACCACCUUAACAAUAAUUUAGAGGCAGAACAAAGUAUCGAGUAUAAUACAAUUCCAAAUUGCCAGAGUUUUGCGGCGGGGCCACAACCCAGGACAUCAAACAUAUCGGGUAUAGUGAAAAGUAUUGCUGAAAACACCAGAGCAACACCACCACAGUUUAAGCCAAGGAGUUCACCUCCUUGUGAAACACCUAACUUUCCGUUUUUCCAACAUCAACUUCGAGGAAUUCGUAUGGAGAUGAAGAGGCCACAGAUCAAAACCUUCAUUUCACCACCCUGGAAUGGAAUGAGAGGAAGAGGCGACUUUCAUAGGAAUCGGUUACCUUUUAUUUCCAAACACAACAGCCUAUUAAAUCAACGUGCGAAAAAAAUAAAAACAGCAGCUCCCCGUUUAAUGUUUUCGUCGUUUAGACUUCAACCUCCAAAGCGUCGUCCUCUUCAGAAUGGUAAUUUGGGUCAUCAACACACCACUCCAUUUCUGCCUACAGUUACACCUUCAACAUUUAGCGCCGUCACAAAAACACAUCAGCAAACAUAUAACCACCUUUUGCCAAUCACUAACAAUCCAGCGUCUUGCAUAAGACCCACCAAACCUACUCACUUUCCCAAAACCAACAUGCAAGGGAUACUCGAUUUUGACCCAAACAUGGACAUUGCCAAUCACAUGAUCAAAGACUAUCUGUCUCCCGUAUCGCUGGUAGGAGGAACGAUUAAGUUUGAAUCUCGAAAAUUAGCCAACACGGGAGUGCGAGAACAAUUGGAAAGAGCAUUUAAAAUACACGGCGCAUUAACGAACUCCUGGUGGACGCCAGACGAUAUGCUGUUUGUGACUUACAGUGAUAGGAAUAUUGCAAAAAAAAUUUAUAGUUUAUAUCCCGUAAACAAAAAUAGUUCAUAUUGAUCCGUUUUUAUUAAUAUAUAUUUAUAUAUUUUUAGUAUUGUAUUGUUAAGAGUACAUUAGUCAUAUCGUUGACUAUAUUGUUGUACGGUUUUAAGUUGUUUAUUUUUUAAGUAUAUACAUUUAGUACAAACAUAAGCUUCAGUUUGUCUUGUUUCAUUUGUUAAAUGUAUUUUUAAUAUUUACAUGUGUUUUUAUGAUAUUAUACUAUAGUUAUUUUAACAAGAUAAUUUACAGUUUGCCAACUAACCGAAUUAUUAAAGAAAAAUCUAGCGCAAA